AUAAUUUUCAUUUUACGGUGCGUCGUCGUUCAAUCGUCAUCUGUGUCUGCCUCGUCUCAAAAACCGGCACUAAUUGUUUUUUUUUUUCGAGUUCUGUAAACAGAAAGCUACAGAAACAAAAUCACCACCAAAAGUAGAAGAUGAUAAACUUUACGCUGCAAAAUCUAUUACUGUUCGGUUGCAUCAUAUUGUUGAUUCAUGGCAUCACCAGAUCGGCGGCGUCUUCACCCCCCACGGACUCGCUCCUCGGAGUUUCACCUGAUGAUUUGAGUUAUUACAAGGGAUUGUCAUCGUCUGGUGGGAUUAAAUGCAAAGAUGGAUCGAAGAAAUUCAACAAGUCACAGUUCAACGACGAUUUCUGUGACUGCCCUGAUGGUUCCGAUGAGCCAGGAACAUCAGCUUGCCCAAGUGGGAAAUUCUACUGCAAAAAUGCUGGACAUGCUCCAGUGAUCUUAUAUUCAUCGAGAGUUAAUGAUGGUAUCUGUGAUUGUUGUGAUGGGAGUGAUGAGUAUGACAGUAAGACUAAGUGCCCAAACACAUGCUGGGAGGCAGGAAAAGUAGCAAGAGAAAAAUUGAUGAAAAAGAUUGCCACAUAUCAGGAAGGCGUCACCAUACGCAAAAAGGAAAUGGAACAAGCAAAAUUGGCCAUUUCCAAGGACGAAGGAGAAUUGUCAAAGCUGGAAGACAAGGAGAAAAUACUCAAGGAACUCGUUGAAAAGCUCAAGGAGCGCAAGGAAUUGAUAGAGAAGGCCGAAGAAAAAGAACGGCUUGAGAAAGAAAAGGAAGAGAAAGGAAGGAAAGAAGCUGAAGACGCUAAACAAAAAGAAACAACAGCCGAAGAAGCUAAAGUGAAGGAUACAAAAGCUGAAGUUAUUGACUCUGAGCAGCAUGAUCUUCAUGAUAAUUCUGAGCAUGAAGAUUCACAGGAUCCUGUGGUAGACCAUCCUGAAAUGGUCAAUGCACCUGAGCUUGACCAUUCAAUUAAGGACAGACCUCCAAGUGAUGGAGUAGAAGAUAAUGAGGGCUUUAUCCAGAACACAGAGUACCAAGGCGAAGAUCCAAAUGUUGAUGAAAAAGCUGAUUUCAAUACUGGAAAUGAGGAUGAAGAUAUAGCUGAAGAUAUUGAGACAUUAUCCAGGGAAGAGUUAGGACGUCGCGUUGCAUCCCGGUGGACCGGAGAACAACCUGGGCAACAUGAGGAGUUUGACACCUCUGUAGAUAAGAAUCAUGAAUAUUCUGAUGAGACACAAAAUGAAAUUACCGAUGAGGACAAUAAUGACUAUGUAUCAGAUGAUGACGAGCAUAAGUAUGAUGAUGAAGAUGAAAGGGAAGACCUAGUCGAUGAUUUUGGAGGGGAGGAUCAUUUGGAUACAGGUUCUUCUUCCGAACCUGAGUCUGAUGAUGAGUAUGACUUGUCCGAUUGGUCAGAUAUUACUGGCGCAGGUGGCUCAUCUUGGCUGGAGAAGAUACAGAAGAAAGUGAAAACCAUCUUUCAGGCUGUUAAUUUGUUCCAGAAACCUGUUAAUAUAUCUGAGGCUGCGCAUAUUCGAAAAGAAUAUGAUGAAUCCAGUGCCAGAUUAUCCAAAAUACAGUCAAGGAUAUCGAGUCUAAAACAGAAACUAAAACAAGAUUUUGUCAUCAUGGGAAGUGAAUGUGCUCACGUUAAUACUGCAGGUCCAGAGAAGGAAUUCUAUUCAUUCUAUGGUCAAUGUUUUGAGACAAAGCAGAAUAAGUAUGUUUACAAAGUCUGCCCUUUCAAAGAAGCUACCCAAGUGGAGGGUUACAGCACAACUCGGUUGGGGAGCUGGGAGAAAUUUGAAGAUUCUUACAGAAACAUGCAGUUUUUACAUGGAGAUAAAUGCUGGAAUGGCCCAGAUAGAAGCUUAAAGGUCAAAUUAAGGUGCGGUUUGAAAAAUGAACUUACAGACGUUGAUGAACCAAGCAGAUGCGAGUACGUGGCAUUUUUAUCCACUCCUGCUCUUUGUCUUGACAGUAGACUUAAGGAACUACAGGAAAAAUUGGAGUCACUGAACAAGGAUCAACCCCAAGUACAUGACGAGCUAUGAUCACUCUUGAUCUAAUUAACUGGGAGAUAUGCUUUUCCCCUUCGAUAUACGAUUCUGUUCACCCAAUGGCAAAUAACAUGCCUUCUAUCUCGUAGAUCUUAGAGGUAGUUGAGUUGCUAAAGGAGUAGUUAUUUACGGGAGACAAACUAGCCAAAGAGAAAAANAAAAAAAAAAAAAA